AUUAUUAUGUUAGUUUUAGCCUGGAAACUAGAGGCUGAAAGCAUGGGGUUUUUUACCAAGGAAGAAUGGUUAAAAGGAAUGACCUCAUUACAGCUGGCAGAUCUGAGGAACAGGAAGUGUCAGCUGUGAGCAAAGCACAGCAUCUCAUCAACCUGCAGUACCCCUGAAGGGCCCUUGCUGGGGGCCUGUGUGACAAGUCCAUGUGGAGCUGUUAGAGGUGCAGCUGUAUUCUCUGAGAGGCAGGCUGCCAAAAGGGGGACACGUGACCAAAGGAUGUAUUUCUGUACAGCUGCAUUUCUGAAAGUAUGCUUCUUCACGAAGGAUACAAGGCAAGGUGUGACUGUACAGAAAAAUUACAGAGUAAAUUUGACUUCUUACGGUCACAGUUGAAUGACAUUUCAUCCUUUAAGAAUAUCUACAGAUACGCCUUUGAUUUUGCAAGGGAAAAAGACCAGCGAAGUCUUGAUAUUGAUACUGCAAAGUCCAUGUUAGCUCUUCUGCUCGGAAGAACUUGGCCACUGUUUUCAGUAUUUUAUCAAUACCUGGAGCAAUCGAAGUAUAGAGUUAUGAACAAGGAUCAGUGGUACAAUGUACUAGAGUUCAGCAGAACUGUCCAUGCAGAUCUUAGCAACUAUGAUGAAGAUGGUGCAUGGCCUGUACUUCUGGAUGAAUUUGUUGAAUGGCAGAAAGUUCGUCAAGCGUCAUAGCAAGAAUUCAAAAGAAAAUGCAAACGUUUUUUUUUGGUGCCCGCCUGUACACAAAGUAAUGAGAAAAACAAAGGAUUGCAUUUUCAUUGAUAAAAAAGACUUGACAGUAAUUUUUUUUCCUUUUUUAAGGAGACUUUCUUGUUACAUGUGAUAUGGGCAUUGAACCACACCUCUUCUGAGACUGAAAGUUGGAGUUCUUGUUUUGAGUCUUAUGUUUAUAGCAUUUACUUCAGAACAAUAAAGAUUCAGAUUUGUGACAAAGGCCUAAAAGUGAAGGAUGUCCCUUGAAUGUGAGUGUGGUGUCUAUUUUUAAAACCAAAUCUAUAAGAUAUCUUUCUCAGAAGUGCCCUUUGCUAUGACUUUUUGAAGACCUUAAAAAUGCUUAAUUGGCACUGUUGCUUGCUGUUGGUAUGAUUGUCUUGUGUGGCAAAUGUUAGAAAGAAUGACUGACUUUGGAAGCCCUGGGUGGGAGUGUGCUAAAUAUUCGUAGUAAGUAUUGUUCAUGGGUUGUGCCACAGUUUUCAGCUCCUCCUGGAGAUAAAGGCCUUAAAUUCCUACUAUUGUUUUUUAUUUGUUUAUUCCCCACCCAGUGGCAUGGCAUUUAAUGACAGGCCCUUUGAAAGCAGAAAGGAGUAGAGCAAAUGGCUCUAUGUGCAGAAUGGCUGGAAACUAACUCCCUGUACCUCAGAUGCUGAACGCAGUUGCUCUUUGGUACAGCAAGGCAGCUUCAGAUUUUUACUGCUAUUUAGGCUUUUUGGAUUGCUUUGUAUAAAAGUGCAAUUUAUAUUUUAAAAGGGAAAACUGGGAAGACUUGGUUUCAAGCUUUGCUUCUUAGGUGUUUUAGACUGGAGGCACUCAUAACGUGACUUUUUUUUCCCUUCCUGGAUGGUUUUCAUAAUGUAAAUCAAGAAGCAACUAUUUAAUCACCUACUUUUGACCAAGUAACAGGCUGUAUGUAACAGGAUAUUAAUUGUUACUCUGUUACUCUAUGUUUUGAGUCCAGUAACUACUGAGAUUGCCUUUUUAGGCACUCAGUACUCAUGAUGACCUUUAAAUAUAGUAGAAGUUUCUCACUCUACCUCCCUGCCCAGGAUACCCAAUGCCACCCUUGAGAAGAAAAGGGAUUUUAAUCAGUAAAUGUGAAAAACCAAACCAGAAUGAGAGAAUGAAGCAUUUGCAACUUAUACUUUAUUGUAUAAAUGUAUAAUACAGACUGUAAUAAUACUGGGAGACUCAGUCAGUGAUCAAGGCCACAGUGUGCCAAAUAUUUCAACAAGUGAAAUAAGAAUAGACAAUGUAAACUAGGCAUGACUUGAAGAUCUUUGCCUCAGGGAAAUUAUUUCUGUUUUGCACAUCCCUUAGUCAGACUAAUAAGCAUGAGUUUUCCUAGCCUUAAGGAAAGCUGUAUUCCCGAGAUGAUUUUUUUUUUCUUUUUAAGAAGGAGGGUGGAAAAAAAAGAAAAGGCAUGAGGAGAAAUAAGGGAUACCAACUAUAGGUGUGUACCUGUGCUCUUGUUCUACUACCAAGGACCACACUUGCAACUUUUCUCCAGAUCUGCUCGCUGUGGGCUGCAAGAUGCAGUGCAGUGGUGGGCUGUGGGCUGUUCUGCAAGUCGCCUUGAACUGUAGAAGCUUGCUUUCACCCAAGUGAAAAAAGCACCAGAGGAAAAAAACUGAACAACUGUUGAGAUACUUGGAAGAUCUCUGCUUGUACGAUGGGUAGUGUCUGUGUGCAUGUAAACAGAUGCACUACAGCUGCUUGAAAUCCUUUUUCCACAUAUUUUACAGAAAGUACGUAAUUUUAGACCUCACAUUAAGCUGCAGCAUUUCCCUUCAAUAUGUUACAAGUUGUCCAUUUGCAUUGCUGGUAAUUCUGAUUUCACUCACAACAGAGUGCCUUUCAUCUGGGAAUUGCCCUACCCCACAGAAAGUUUGUGCCAGAGUGAGAUUAAUUUCAACAGUCCUAAGACCUGCUGGUACAAUAUGGUCCUAAGAUGCACAAAUAAACAUGCACCACGUAACUGAUGUCAAGGGACAUACUGCUGUAUACUAAAUCUCUUCAGGGAUGCUGAUUCUGAAAUGACUUGGAAGUUCACUGCAAUGACUCCUUGCAUACUGUGUUUAGUCCCCACUAGUGUAUUCUCUUUCCAGAAGUUUUGAAACACUGGUCAGAAGAGAAUCUUUUAUAGCUCAAUUUUAAAAAGUCAUUGCUUUUAGGUAACUGCAAACUGUUGUGAAUUCAAUUUAAAUCAUUUGGUCCUAGAGGAUGGUAUUAGAGUGUAAAAGUAGGAGUGAUGCACCUACCAAUCUGAGGUGGUCAAGUACUUGCCAUUAAGGUGUAAGACACUUUGUGAUGUAUCAUUUGUAUCUGUUAAGGUUUUAUCAGUAUUCCUAUAAUAAAUCCAUGUUUCAGGGAUUUACAAUGUGGUUGUGUGAGUGAUUGAAAAUCAUCAGUUACUGUAAAACUUUGGGGAUUAAUGUAUUUAAACUAGUGGAAAUAGUUUUUCAAAUUUGAAUAAAAUAGAAUUUUAAGUUAUGUUUUUUUGCUUAACACUGCAAUCAGGUGUAUUGUUUCAAUGUGAAUUAAUGGCUUGUACAGUUUCAUUGUGAACUGAUGAUGUUUAUUAGCUGUGUUUUAUUACACCACCUUACAGCUUAGUGGAUGAGUGCCAACAGCUGUUAACUUGAUUUUGUUCUGUUUUUUUUUUAUUUUAUUUUAUGCAUGUUCACAAGCCAAAACUUCUGCUAAAUGUUUUCUUUAGUGUUUGGAACUUUAAUUUUUGUUUUGCUCAGGUGCAUUUAAAUUCAUUGAAUUUUUUUUAAAAAAGUUAUACCUUAUCUUUCAGUAUUAGAAGAUGAAAGCUCACAGGUGAAAUAUGCUGCCACAGUAUGACAGAUGGUUAAAUUGAAGGUGAAACGUCUUCCAAAAUAAAAUCAUAGUGGUGUCUAUGUUAAUGCUAUAAAUUUCACAUUAAUCUCACUUUCAUUUUUUGACAUUAAUUCUUCCUAACAUAAUUAAUUCCCUUCUAGUUUUUAGACAGCUAACAGUUUUCAGUUUAAUGUCCGAAAACACCCACCUAUUCAUGGAAAAAGCCAUACUGGUAGAUCAGAAUGUAGUAUUUCUCCUGUGUGAAAAUGUGACCUUGAAAUUAAACAGUUGUGUAUGUUUACCUAUGUCUUUAACUGUAUAUAUAGUUUUGAAUCCAAUUGAUCUUUACUGUUUAAAUUAGCUUCUUAAAUUCCCUACUAAUGGCUAUAAUUUCACUUUUCUAUAUAGCAGACUUAGAAUUUGGCUUUUGAGAUGACCACGGAUGUCAGCCUGGUGCCUGUCUUGAGUAGCCCAAAUGAGGGCUCUGUGGUCCCUGUGGCCUUUGUUCAGGGUUUUAUUUGUAUCUGUCAAAAGCUCUGUGCUUAUAUAUUGAUACUGACUGCCCAAAAAUUGUAAGAGGGACCAGAAGUUUCGUGGUUUUGAUAUUUUCAUUUUUUUUUAGCUAGUGAACAGUUCUUUCAAUGCAAUAUGUAUGAACUUGUACAGGUUUAGCAUUGUGAAGUAUGAUGAAUAAAAUGGUAUGUAAUAGGGCAGAAAACUUUUUUGUCAUGCUGCCUCUUAGUUUUUCCUUAUGUGUUUUUGUGUAUUGUGUAACCGUAAGUGAAAUCGCUGAGGUAACUUAAUUCCAGCAAGAAGGAUCAGUCUCAUUGUUAGGUUUACCUUAUUGAAGAAUUUCUUUGCUUGUGUGUAGGAAAUAGAACUUUAUCACAGCUGUGAGUAACAGCAAACACUUCUUGAUUAUAUUGUUACAUGCACAUAAUAUAAUAACGUGUUACAUGUUAUUCUGUGCUGAUAAACAUCAUGAUCUUGGAAA